AUUAUGGUGUCAGCAUCCAAGUAGACAAGUUUAUUAAAUUCGACGCCAUCCUCAAAUCUGAGAUUCCUGCACUUGUUGAGUUGGAACUUGCAAAAGUAUUAUAUUUUAAAAUUAAUUUUAAUGAAAGUGCAACUUAAAAUAAUUGUAAAGUUUUUUAACUGCAGUACGGUAACAAAAACAAAUAUAAUAAAUAAAUAUUUAUUAUUCUGUUUCUGUCAUACCUGGUGGAAAAAAAAAAAAUAAAUAAAGUUUGUGUCUCCAGGUUCCUGGAUUGACCUAAUAAAGAUUAACACUUCAGAAUUUUAAAAUGUCACCCUAUAUUGAUUUUAAUUAUAUAGAUAGCUUUGGUCCUCAUUGGAAUUGGAGUUUUAGACAAGAACGGUAAAUACUUUAUGGAUGCUGCAAUGAAGGUCCCUGAAGAAAUGCACCAAGAUAUUGUGGACCUAAUUCAAUCUGUGGUUCAGGCGGGAAGCACAGAGUUUGUAUUGACGGAAAACAUUGAAAAGGUUUUGAUUGUACCAGGAAGUAAGUGGCAACAGUUUUUCUUUUCUUUGUUAUUUCAACUAAUUCAACUUUGUUAAUAAAUGCAAAAUGUAUAUGUAAAUAAAAUGCUGCUAAUACUUGUAAAGACCACUUUUAGACAAUUUCCCCACAAUAGUGGAAGAAGCAAGAGUUGAAGAGCAAUGUUGUAUUCUGUAUGUCCGCUAACAAAUUUUUGUUGAUCUCAUUUUAAAACCCUUUUUAUGUAUGUAGUUUUUUCUUUGCUGUUGAAUUCAUAAAAGUUUCUUCUGUUUUCUUUAGAUAGUGCUUUCAGUCCACCCAUCAUGUGCCAGCAAAAGGCAUCAACACCAAAAGAUCGUCGUCACACUACCACAGCUUCAUUCUUUUUUAAAGACAGUCCACUGAGGACGAAUACAUCUUUGAACUGUUCACUGCAGGAUCUAUCAUCUCCCCUUAGAGGUCUUAGUAUUGAUACCACAUCUUCCUCAUCACUCCUUAUGCAGUUUGUGCAAUCUCCUCAGCUGAUUCAAAAGG